AUGACCGCAAGCCUCAUAAUAUUUCUUCCCGUCACCUGGACGAAGUGGCCGACAGCUCAAAGUGGAGACGGGGACCGCGGAUUCGACAACCAGGCUUUCGCCACCACCCAGGCCAUGGAUGCCUUCGACAAGCAGUUUGGCGAGUACGACGAGGCCAAAGGGACGUACGUCCUCCCACCAGAUUGGCUCUCGCUCUUCAACUCCCUCAACUACAUUGGUUUUGCCGCUGGUGUCGUUAUCGGUUCCUAUGUUUCUGCUCAGUGGGGCCGUCGGAUGUGCAUGUUUGUUAUGAGCAUCUACGCCCUUGGUACGGCUACUAUUGCCGUCACGAGCAUGAACAAACAUCAGAUCAUGGCGGCUCGCGUCCUCAACUACGUCUAUGUCGGAAUGGAAUUAGCUGUUGUGCCGGCGUAUCAGUCCGAGAUUGUACCUGCGCCUUUUUCGUUGAUUCUUGGCGGUCUCGUCAUUAACUGCGUAUGUCUCGGUACGAGCCACCUGCCUGAUAAUCGGUCGUGGAGGAUCCCCAUUGGGUUGUUCUACUUGAUUCCUUCCAUCAUUGCAGUUGGAGUAUGGUUUCUCCCCGAAUCACCCCGUUGGCUGCUCCAGAAGGGCAGAGUCGAGGAGGCACGGGAGAACCUGAUAAAAUUCCGGAGCGGUGCCUUCACCGACGAAGCCAUCGACGAUGAAUUCCGAGAAACCCAGGCUCAACUCGACACCGAAACCGAAAAGGGCCGCUUCUGGGAAGUAUUCCACCGAAAGAAUCUGAAGCGCACACUCCUCGUGGUGGGCAUAAACUUCUUUCAACAAGCUACUGGUCAGCAAUUCGCGAGCCAGUUUGGUGCCAUCUACGCGAAACAGCUCGGGACUGUAAACCCGUUCGUCUUCAGUCUCAUCAUCGCCUCUAUUAACACUACCGCCAUUUGCAUCUCCCUUCUUACCAACGACAAGGUUGGCCGCCGCAUUCCCUUGCUGCUCAGCUCCACCAUCAUGUGUAUCGGAUUGAUGGCCAUGGGUGGCCUGGGCACUAUGGAAAUAAUCACCAACAAUGUCAAGGUUGCCAUUGUCAGUAUGUUGUGUCUCAUGACGUUUGGAUUCUCAAUUGGUUUGGCUCCAUUGUGUUACGUCGUCGCAACCGAGAUCCCGGCUCUAUCACUUCGAGACGCGACUCUACGAUUCGGAUUCUGCACCAAUGUUCUUUUCAACUUCGUUUCCAACUUUAUCCUCCCUUACUGCCUGGAUGCCAUCAGCUCUAAAACCGGCUUUGUGUUUGGUUCCGUCUCAUUUCUGAGCAUCCUUUUCAUAUUUUUCUGCGUCCCUGAGUGUAAAGGAAAGACCCUUGAGCAGAUUGACAAAAUGUUUCAAGACGGUGUGCCUUUGCGCAAAUUCGGUAGCUAUGAGGUCAACGACUUCUCUACUUCAUGCAGGAAAGAUGACGUCGAGUGCGCAGAGAUAGAGGACAACAAGCCAACUUCCGGAUAA